CAAUGAAAACAAGGCGAAGCCCUCACAGUCGCCUCGGCAGCAUCUCGGCACCGCUCGCAGUUCGUCUGAGGGGGGAAACGCUCACCGCCGGCAGGGAGGACUAUGGACACACGGCCGCCGAUCUGGGACUAGACAUGUAGCUUUCCAGGAUGCCGGCCAGCUGCAUCUCUCGUUUGCUCCUCUUCGCGUCGGUGUGCGCGGUUUGGGCCAAGUCCCUUCCAGAUCAGGGAGCAUUUGAGGUGCAAAUAAAAGUCCAGGUGUUUGACAACAGUGACCUGUCGCCGUUGGCCGAUGCCCAGGUGGAAGUCCAUGGCAAUCAGACCCUCUUGGCGUCGAGCCGCGCCAGUGGCGACGGCGUCGUGAGAGUCAGCUUCCUGUACCGCACGGGAACAUGGGUCAUUAUCACGGCCUCCAAACGAGACUACGUCACCAACUCUGUGCCCUGGCACUCCAGCCGCAUCCCCUUGUACGCGUCAGUCAGCCUGUACCUCCUCGUCCAGAGGCCAGGAACACUUAUUCUGUACGAUGACGUCCUGCAGGUGCUGUCUGGGUCACCAGGAGCUCGUAACCAGCCGCUGGUGCAGCUCCAGAGGAAAUCCAUUCAGCUGCCCUCCAGUUCCAACUACACAACGCUGUCUGCUGCGCUGACCACGGCCAGGAGUCAGUAUGAAAUCGGCGGUUUCCCCUUUCUCUUGGGCCAAGAGACCAACAGCUCAGGUGCAGAAACAGGAUGGACAGACUUGACAGCGCUGGCAGUGGUCAGCAUUCAGCUCUUUGACAAAGAUGGCGGUGCAGUCCAGGUGUCAGAUCCAAUCCACAUCUCUGUGCCACUGCCCUCUGACACUCGGAACAGGAUGGCCACAAGUAUUCCUGCUUGGCUGUAUCAGCCUAAGACAGGGCUCUGGGUUCGGAACGGGACGGGAUACAUCAAAAAGGAUGGCACACAGUUUGUCUGGAACGUUGUGGUUCCUCAGAUGGGAUACUGGUUGGCUGCCUUUCCUUCAUCUUCAGGUUUGGGUCUGUCUCAUCCAGGCUUGAGGGACAUCACUACCUACCACACCCUGUUCCUGCUCUCCAUCCUGGGCUCGCUGGCGCUGUUGGUGCUCAUCCUGCUCUGUGUUCUGCUCUACUACUGCAGGUGUGGGGAGCGUAGGCGCAGACGGAAGUGUUUGAAACCUCGUCGACAGCAAGGCAAACCCCACACGUCCAAUCUUAAUGGUGCCAAGAGAGACCAGGGCACAUCCACUUCACGCCUGAAUCUGAUCUGUGGAGGCCAUGUUGAAUCUGGCCCCUCCAAUGAAAAAUCUGACUUAUCCCCAUCUCGAGACUACCAGAGUUCAAGGGAGGACCUAACUAAACACGUUCCAGCCCACAUGCUGCGACAUGCAAAAGGAAAAAAUGCUUCAGGCUCCCAACGGGGUGAAAGCUUCCCCAUGAAGGUUACACGGGCCACAGAGACCAACAACUUGGACAACCCUCUGCUGCAUGAAGACUACAACCGGAGCUACAGCCCCAAGGAGGGUAAGGAGUCGGAAUACCACAGACAUCACAAUGCCAACGACAAUCGAGGAUACUCCUCUGAUCCACCGUCCCCACCUCGCUUCCAAGGUUAUGUGCCAAGUCAGACCGACAAACCCCCAGAAUAUUCAGCGGCAGCAGCAGACAGCCUUGCCAGACCCACCUCCCUCAACACUCAACCAGGUCAGAUCAUCUUCUGCAGCUCCAUCGACCAGAUGAAGGAGAACAUGUACCGGAGCAUGGUGCCAACCCUGGUUAUCCCAGCCCACUACAUGCGCUUGCCGUCUGAGUUUUCUGGUAAAGAUGGCAAAGACCAGAAGGAACAAGACAAAGAUGGGGCACAGAUGGGAGGAGGCCAGCAGCACCAUCACCACCACCUCCAGAAACAAGGUCAACAGCAGCAACAAGGUGGAUCCCAAGGUGGAUCCCAAGGUGACGACUCCGAGGAGCCGAGCUGGGCGUCCGACUCCUCUGGUGGACCUGUCACCAUCCCUGUGCUCUUUAACGACUCUACCAUGGCUCAAAUGAAUGGAGAGCUGCAGGCUCUGACUGAGAAGAAGCUGCUGGAACUGGGUGUCAAACAGCACCCACGGGCGUGGUUCAUCUCCCUAGAUGGUCGGGCUAACGCGCAUGUGCGCCACUCCUACAUAGAUGUUGGGAAUGACCUUAGUGGUGGUGGAUUUGGAGGUGGUUCCAGUAGCGCAUCGCGAGAUAUCAACCUUGAACCACCUCUGGAAGCCCAAGAGCGAAAAUCAGCACUUAACCGGAAGGGAAAAGAUGAGCGGUGGGGGACGGGAGGACGGAAGAGCCACGGUGUCAGCAGCAGUGGGGGGAAGAGUUACUCGAAGCUAGCCUAUCCCGACCACAGCGAGCCCAGCAGCAGCGAGGGACGCCCCGUCUCACCUGAAGAGAAUUCUCUUACCCCUCUCCUGGAUGAAGGCCCAUCCUCCCGAGGGUCCACCAUCCCCAGGAGAGGGCGCAGUCGUGUGAACAGCAGCCGCAGCAGCAACAGCGAGAACCGCCGCGACUCCAUGACCAGCCCUGAGGACGAUCCUGACGAUAAAGACGAGAAUAAGAAGAGCCCCUGGCAGAAGAUUGAAGACAGACCUUUAAUGGUCUUCCACCCCAGGAAGUGAUCUUUUAGGACUUACUGAAAGCUGGACCUUCAACAGAACAGUCUCCUCAGAGGGGAGUAUUUUACAUCAAACAUGGGAGACAACUGGUGUUUCCACUGAGAGAAAGAUCACAAUAAGCACAACCACUGCUUCACUAAUCCAUUUGGGUUGUUGUUUGACCUUUGUGUUUCUGGUGAAGUCUGAUUUCUCCCAUAGUCUCACUGGUUUCUGCUGAGUUGGUCUGUUGCAGACAGAACUUUGUUCAUUGUGAAUCACCUACCACUGAACCAUCGUCUGAGCCAUUGCAUAUACUGACUGUGGAAAUAGCCAUUUUAUAGAGUAUAAUAUAAGAAUAGAGCACUUACAAAUAAUUUGAUAGUUGAUUGGUUGAUACUUACUAAGUAUUAGGAGGUAGAUUUUUACAGGAUAGAUGGGUAUUUCGGUGAAUCACACAUUUCCUUACUUGGACUAAUUCUACACAAAGGCUCAUGUAAGUAUUAAAAAAAUGUGAGCUUGUGUUUUCUUAACUACUCCCCUGUCCUAAACUGGGUCCAAGGAUAUGUUUUCUUUGAUAGAAUCAGUUUCCCAAAGCCUGGAUAAGUAGGGAAACUAUCAGUUGUGAAGAUCUUUGUUUUCUUGAGCCCCUGUGAACGGAUAAUGCAAACUAUAAAGUACAACGUGCGGCUUGCAUUUUGCUCCUUCAGGGAUGUACUUGAUUUCCUCUUCCUCUUGUACCGUGUUCAUGUGUUGUAACUUUCUUGCUCAUAUAGUAAUGAGUUGAAUUGUUGAGCAUCACCUUCAAGUCUCUCUCUCAUUCUUUCCGUCACUGACCUAUUGCAGUGAUCUACGGUACAACUCUGCCAAAAGAAUGCAUAUCUGCCUUUCUCUUAAGACUUCAUUUUUUCAACCAGAAGAGACUUGUUUAAGAUUUCUGUUGUGUAAAUAGAUGCCCAGACAUUUGGUAUAGAAAGCUUGCAUGCAUAUGAAUGUAUGAAAUAAACAGAAGGCACCAAAUGCGCCCUCCCCCCACACACACACAUACUUAUUUGAGCUCCUGUGUAGACGACCCUCAGUCGCCAAGAAACAUGGGUAAGUCUAAACAGACGCGGCUCAGCAAAAACUCACUUUACUUGAAGACUUGCUCAUAAAAUAUUCUACUGAGAUCAACAGGGGUUUGUUAGCUGACAGGGCCUGCACCACUUCUCUCCUGUAAGUGCCUUGUUUCACAUAGGAUCGAGUGAUUCGGCAUGCUGGUCCAUUUUUAAAUGCAGUUAGUCGUCACCUAAACGUUGCUGCUGUCGAGUUUUGGCAGGCACUAAUAAGCACACUGCAUUGUGAUAAUAACAACAAAAACACGCGUCACUCUGGGGAGCAUGCCAGCCAAAAAUACUAAGAACUUUUUUUGCGGCGAUUACAUCCUUUCUUAAUUUCUUGUAUCUAUCCUCUUUUUCACCAAACUUGUAAAUGGUAUGAUGAAUUAUAUGAGAUUUUACGUGUAUACGCUGUGCAUGUAACAUGUAGAAUAGGGUGUUUUUAACAAAACCUUUUUUUUUUUGAGGAUGUUUGGCACAAAAUGUGACUCACAGAUGCAUUGAAUUGAGUUGCCAAAUGAACUUGGUUAUAUGAAGACACACUGACUUUUCCCUUCAUCCAGUUCUGACAAAAUUCACUUCCGGUCGUAAAUGUUUACAACGAUAACAUACUGACCAACACGCUGCCCGCUGUUAGUAGCAUCACCACUGCCUACAACGCAUCAACAACUGUGAAGUUUGUCAUCACGCAGAGAAACAAAACGCCCAUCGGUUCUAAAAGCUUGCUCAUCGUUUUAGAAACGUAACAUUUUCCGUUGUUCGCGCAGAGAGUGAGGUUACACAUGAAGUGAAAGCGAUGGGAAGUCUUAACGGCUGUAUAGAAGUCACGCGCUGAGAUGUUGGUCCUUUUCACCUUGCUGUUCAUAAGCCUGUGUCAGUAGCCCACAGUACAAACUGAAAAAUGUGAUGUUAACUCAAAGUAUGAAGAAUAACACAGCCAUGAAGCGAUUCCUGCUGAACCGUUGCGUCCACUGCUGUAAAUGUUCCUUCUUUUGGACUAGAUAUUGAAUUAUUAUGAGUUGUGCAAUCGUGGCUUUCCUUGUUCGUUUUUUGUUUUUCAUGAGAGACGUGCUUUUUUCUCUGUAGAUUUUGUGAACUAGUGUUUUGGAGAGUAUUCAGCCACAAGUGAUUUACUGAAUUCCCGAGAGGACACUUCAAACACGGCAAUCCGCUUUGUUGGCUUCUGAUAGUAGGACUCAUGAGGUGUCGGGAGGACUGAACUGUCGGCCUUCAUCCAUGUGCAGUAAAUCAUUUGCUUCAUAAACCUGGUCAGUUGUUUGUAAACUGUAAAUUGAUUCUUUCUGUACAUGAGACAAAAUAGAAAUAAAUUUGUUCCCACUGUC